CGCAGCGCAUACGCAUGUUUAGGCCGGCUGAAACUCGCGCGAUGUUCCCCUUAUAUAUUUUACAACGGGUUGACUGCCGGUAGCAGUGUGCUGCCUUUCUACCAGCAGCUGUGACAUAUCAAACCUGGACAUAUCUUGUUUGAACGUGGCUCCGGUCCAAGGAGACCAGCAAGAGCAUGUGCGCACACAACUUUGCAACCGACUGCGCAUAGUUUGCUCUGACGUUCCAAUUCAUAGCAACUUAUAUCUGAGCAUGUUAACAGCUAAUCAGGAGCACAGAGGAAGGCGAGCUCGCCAGUUUGUCUAGUGGAAAAACCUGCGCACGGCAGCCCGGCUGUGCUGUAAUCUGGGAAGAUGUUGAAGUUUAAGAUGCAGCAGGGCCGGGAUGGCAGAAGUGGACACCUUGGCGCCAGCUUUUCGUCCGCCGCGUCCGGCACGAACCGCAACGGAAGCGCGGGGGCGGACAUGGAGGACGGCUUCGUUAUUCGCGGCGUGCACAAGGGCGAUUCAAUCGACAAGCACGCGGGGCAGCCACGAACGCCCUCGUUUGCAGCAGAUGCCCCCGCGCCCGUGUACCGGCACCGCCCCCGGCCUUCCCACAUCACCAAGGAGACGCUCGAAGCGAAGCAGCGGGCCGAAGUCAAACGCACACAGGCAGCCAACAAGUUCAGGACCGCAGCCCAGCUCGCCCGGCUUGCGGCGCACAGCAAGCUAGCGGGUCAGCGCGGCCUGGGCACGUCCGUGGCAAACCAGGUCGUAGCUAAGAAAUGGAAAGAGGUCGGCAACCUGCUGAAAAAGACGGCGGGCGGCGUGUCCCGCAUCCGCGCCCUGGUGGAGAAGGACAAGCGCAGCUACCUGGCCGCAGCCAAUGAGGCUCUGCGGCUGGCGGCGGUGGGUGUGCUGGACGUCAAGUUGACGGUGCGCAGCGAGAAGGAGCUCGAGCACCUGAGCUACCUGCGGCAGGGCGACGCCUCGCUGUACACCACGGAGGCUCUCAACGCGCGCAUGGCCGUGAAGGGCCAGACCGAGUUCCGCGAGGUGGUGCGCGAGUGGUGGAGGUGGCUGCCGCUGGUGACGCUGCCACUGGACCAGCGCAUCACGGACGACGAGAAGAUGAUGCCCACCGACAUGCGCGGCAUGACUAAGCCCGUGUACUGCGCCAUGGCCCAGAUCAUCCAGCGGGCGCUGCUGCCGCGGUUCGGGUUGAAGCCCAACCCCGCCUACGAGCCGGAGGAGGACUGGGCCUUUGACUGCAAGGGCCGCCGCUUCCUGCUGUUCCCUCAGCUGCUGCACGCGCUGUUCGAGCUGGCGGACAUGUGGUGCCCCACCACCGACGCCGCCGACUACGUCACCAUGCUGCGCGAGCUGCUGGACACGUGCAAGUCGCUGGAGACCCGGCACGGCCUGUUCUCCAAGCUCAUCCGCAAGUACCAGUGCAGGUACGGCGCCCGUGACGAGCACUCGCUGCCCAUCAGCGGCGGCUAUGUGUACGACUACAACCCGGCGGCGGGGCGGGCGGUGGGGCCGGGCGGCGCGCCGGCGGCGGCGGCGGCGGCGCCCGAGCCGCCGGACGAAGCCGACCAGGCGCUCAAGGCGGCGGCGGAGGACGAGGAGGACGCGGGCCACAAGGCCGCCACCAACUGGUGGGCCAAGAUCAUGGAGCGGAACAAGAUCUUCAUGGAGGCCAAGGCCGCGCGCCUCGCCGCCGAGGCCGCCGCCGCCCUGGCCGCCGGGCUCAAGGAGCCGCGGCUCGACCCCGACAAGAUCCACCUCUCCCCCAUCCACGAGGCCCUGCACUGGACCGCCUCCGGCCACACCAGCCCCAGCGCCACCGAGAGUGGCGCGCUGCCGCCCGCCGCCACCGAGUUCGGCGCCUCGGGCAUAAUGGAGCCGCUGGUGUUCGCCAACCUGCUGCCGCCGGCCGGCGUUGCGCUGCCGCCAGAGCUAGACAAGGACGCGGCGGCCGGCAGCGGGUUGGGCGGAGACGAGGAGCUGUUGGAGCGGGGCGGGCUGCGGGUGCAGUACAUGGGCAAGGGCGUGAAGGGGCAGAUCGGCGCGCCGCCGCCCGGCCCGCCGCCGCCGGUGGUGGCGCAGCUGCGCGACGCGCUCAAGAGUGCGCUGGUGGAGGUGGGCGCCAGUGCGGACGCGGGCGAGGCGGCGGCGGUGCUAACAGAGGACGGCACCAUCGCCUACAACCAGGUGGGCCCUCACACCAUGGUGGAGCUCAUCAACGUGCUGGUCACGGACAAAAAGAUGACCACUAGGAACAUCCGAAUGCUCAUGGGCAGCUUCCACUACGGCCAGCCCACGUUGCCCGCCGGCAGCACACCGGCCGCAGCCGCAGCCCCCGGCGGCCUAGACGCUGUGAGCGAGGAGCCGCCGCCCGUGACGGCGGCGGCGGUGAACGCCGCAGCGGCCGCGGCCGCGGCGGCGGCCGCCACAGGCCGCAGCCGCCUGGCCGUGUCGUCCACGGCAGCUGCAGGCGGCUCGCAACCCGUGUCUGCAUCCGGCGGCGCCGGGGCAGCCAGUGCCGCGCCUGACGCCGGCGCCGCCGGGCCGCUCGACGGCAAGCUGGAGCCGGACGCGGCGGCGGGCCCGGAGGGCGAGGCGCCGUCGACGCCGCCACGUGCGGCCACGCCUCCGCCUCCGCCGCCGCCGCCCGUGUACGCGGCGCGCCCGCGCACGCCGCGGCUUGACCCGGUGACCCUGGCGGCCAUCCGCGCGGCCCUGCAGGAGGCCGGCUUCAAGCCCGGCGAGCUGUCCGACCUCCUUAGCCCACACGGCAUGGGGCUGUCCAGCGACGUGCGCCCAGACACCAUCAGCCGAGUGGCGCAGGCGCUGGCCUCAUCGGGGUUCGACACGCACGCGCUGGUCGCGUUCCUUUUCCCGCGCGAGCCCUUGGCCAGCGGCGACGACCCGGACCCCGACCACCCCGGGCACCGCCACGGCCACCUGCGCCCGCUGAGUGCCGUGCAGCUAGAGGCGAUGAGGCUGGCGCUGGAGAAGGCGGGCGUGGACUCGGCGCAGGUGGAGCUGGUGCGGUCCUGGGGCGCCGACAUCCGGGCGGUGCAGGCCGUGGCUGCGGCGCUUGAGGCCGCGGGCUUCACGCCACUGGAGGUGCACCGCUUCAUCGCGCCCGCCGCCUCCACCGCGCUCAUCGACGCGCUGUCCCGCGGCGGCAUCAAGGCGGGCGCCGCGGCGGCGCUGGUCAAGAGCGACGGCAGCGGGCUAGCCAUGGAGCUGGAGCCCAAGGACCUGGCGGACGCGGCUGACGCCAUGGCCAUGGCCGGCUUCAGUGCGCACCAGAUGGUCCGGGUCAUCGGCAGCGACGCCGCCGCCGUGCCGCCGCUGGAGCCGGCCGGCAUGGCCGCCUGCCGCGACGCGCUGCUGGCCGAGGGCUUCACGGGCGAGGAGCUGGAGGGGGUGGUGCUCACGGCGGACGGCAGCGCGCUGCAGGAGGGCGUGGGCGCGGUCACGCUUGCCCGAGUGGUGGGCGCCCUGGCCCGCGGCGGCCUGACCUCCGACGCCAUCCGCCGCUUCCUGCGCUACGACAUGGCGCGCGCCGCCAGCUCCGGACUCAGCCAGGCCGCCAUCAGCGCCAUGAACAGCGCCAUAGAGGCGGCCGGGCUCAAUGGCUCGCCCAACCGCUUCAUCGUGCCGCAGCAGGGCGUGGUGCCCAUGAUGCCCGGCGGCGCAGCGGUGGCGCCGGAGGCGUCCGCAGGACUGGUGGCGCAGGUCGGCGGCGCGCUUGUGGAGGCCAUGUUCACGCCAGCCCAGAUCCGCGCCUUCCUCAUGCCCGACGUUGACGACGACGAGGAGGGGCCGCAGGGCCCCGGCGGCGCCUCCGCCGGCAACGCCGCUAAUGCCAGCAGCCCGCUGGCGCCGCGUCGCAGCGUCACCAGCGGCGCGGCGCGGCGGCGGCUGUUCCUGUCGGCGCGCGACGUGGUGGUGUUCCGGGCGGUGCUCAUGGCGGCGGGGUUCAGUGCGGAGGAGCUGCUGCACCUGGUCCGCACCGACGGCCGCGGCCUGGACCCAGACACCGACCCCGACCUGGCGGCGCGCGCGGUGGCGGCGCUGGCGGCCGCGGGCUUCCGCGGCCACGAGGUACAGCUGUUCCUGCAGCUGCGCGACCCCGCGCCCGCCAUGACGCCGGCGGAGGCGGGCGCGGCGCGCGGCGCGCUGCUGGCGGCGGGCUUCGAGGCGGAGGAGCUGGGGGAGCUGCUGCGCAGCGACGGGCUGGGGCUGAUGGUGGAGCCGGAGCCGGAGCCGGUGUUCAUGGCGCAGGUGGCGGUGGUGCUGGCCGGCGCCGGCUUCCCCACCUUCCACAUCUGCCAGUACCUGUCGCCCGAGCUGCCGGCCGUGCCGCUGGAGGUGGCGGCGGUGGGCAGGUACUGGGCCAUGGGCCGUGACGACGCCUUCAGCGGCACCUCGCGCGCGACCUCCCACGCCCACAGCCACGCGCCCUGGCUGGUGCAGAACGACGAGCACACCGGCUUCACGGACUCGGACUCGGACGACGACGAGGAGGAGGAGGAGGGCGAGGAGGAGGGGCCGGAGGGCAGCGAAGGGGAGGACGAGGACCGCGGAGAAGAAGCGGAGGAGGAGGGGAACGAGGAGGAGGAUGGGCUGCCGGUGCGCGAGGUGGACGAGAGCCUGCUGACAGGUCUGCCGCCGGCCGCCCUGCGCGCCACCGGCGACGGCACGUCUCCCGUUGGAACCGGCGACGGGGCCGGCGCCGCCAAGCCGCGCCCGCGUGUGAAGCUGAUGGAGCCCGGGGAGGACGGCGCGCCCGAGCCCGCGCCCGCCAAGCCGGCCGCGCUGCCCUCCGACGGCGCCUCUUCCCUGGCCGCGGCGCCGGCGCGCUCCGCGCUGCGCGUGGGCGCGGGCGCCGCCGCCAGCGUCAUCUCCCGCGGCGGCAUGAGCGCCAUGCUGCCGUGGGACAUGGAAGACGAGGACGAGGAGAGCCCGCUGGCGCGGCUGGCGCUACCGCCGCACACGCUGGCUGCCAUGCGCGCCGCCGUGGUGCGCCGCUGCAAGGGCCUCAGCGUCAAGCAGCUGCGGCAGGUGGCGGCGCACAUGGGCAUGCCGGCGGCGCAGGUGGCGGCGCUGGCGGCAGGCAACGACGCGCCGUCGGUGGCGGCGGCGGCGCCGCCGCCCGCCAAGCCCAAGGACACCACGCCGCCACUGCCGCCGCCGCCGUCGUUCCUGGGUGUACUGGCGGCAACGGCCGCCGCCACGGGGCCCGCUGUGGGUGGCACUGGCUCGGGUGCAGCCACUGUAACAGUCUCCGGCGCAGCCACGAAUACGGCCUCAGGAUCGGCGACCGGCACGCAGAACGGCGGCACUGCCGCCAGCGGCGCAGCCCCCGAUUUCUCCUUCGCGGCGCCCCUGGCCGCCGCCGCCGCCGUCGGCCCGGCCGCGCCGGCCGACGCCGCCAAGGCACAGGCCGCCGCCAACGCCGCCGCCACAGCCGCCGCCAACGCCGCCGCCGCUGCCAAGGGCAUUACAACCGCCACAACCGCUACAACCGCCGCCACUGCCACCGCCGCCGCAGAGGACAAGGACGAGGGCGCCGCCUCCAACUCCAUCGGCGACCGGUCCUGGCUCCCCUCAGACCCGCAGGUCGUGGCGCGGCUGUGCCAGGCUCUGUCGUACGAGGGAUUCACGCCGUACCAGAUCCGCUGCUUCUUCAUGCAGCCCGCAGUCACAGCGGCCAUGGAUGCCAUCAAGGCGGCGCGGGCGGCGGCGGCGGCGGCGGCGCCAGGCGGCGGCGCCGCCAGCGCAGCGAGCGGCUCGGCCAUGAACGUCAGCUUCAGCGGCUUCAGCGCAUUCACCGGGAUCACAGGCCUGGUGGCUCCGCUGGGUGACGCGGGCGACGACGAGGAGAGCCAGCUGGCGGCGCGCCUGGACCGUUUCGACCACAUCACGCCCAGCCUGUUGGUGCUCAUCAAGGCGCUGCUGCGGUCCUCCGGCUUCACGGACGAGCACCUGUCCAACCUGCUGAGCAGCGACGGCCGCCGUCUGGACCCCGACUGGGACAGCGAGAGCGCGGCCAUGAUGGUGGCAGCCAUGGCGGCGGCGGGCUGGCCCGCGCACCUCAUACGGCUCAUGCUGGCAUCGGGCCCGCCAGUGGGUGCGCUCACGCCCAACGAGCUGGGCGCCAUCAAUGAGGCGCUGCUGGACGGUGGCUUCAGUCGUCGGCAGCUGGCCCUGGUCCUCCGGCGCGACAACAGCGGCCCCGGCGCCGCCGUGGACGCCACCACUCUGGCGCAGAUGGCGACGGCCAUGGCGCAGGCAGGCUUCAGCAGCGGCCAGCUGUGCCAGUUCCUGGGGCCGCCGCCGGUCAGCAGCGCGGCCAACGCCACCGCAGAUGGCUCCGCGCCCAUGCCGCACCCGCUGCUGUCGCCGCUCAUCCAGGCGCUGUCCUCCGCCCCCACCGGCACCACCAACACGCCCACCUCCUCCGCCCCCAACACCCUCUCCCGCCUCGCCGCCUCCAACCUCUCGGCCCUCAACGCCGCAGCCCCCGGCACCUCCGCCGCACCCAGCGGCGCCCCCAGCGCCGCGCCCAGCGUCAGCGCUGCCACGCACGCGCGCAGCACCGGCGGCGCCGCGCCCGCCAUUAUGCUGCCGCCCAAGACGCCGCUGGCGGCGGGCCCGCCGCCGGCCGACGCGGCGGCGGCGGCCGCCGCCACCGCCAACACGGUGCCGCUGCCGGCCAUUGUGUCGUACACCAACUACAACGCGGCGGCGGGCGGGGAGACGCUCAGCUCCCGGAGUGUGAUGGACAUCCGAAACGUGGCUGCCAGCUGCGGCAUCGCCUCCGCCAAGCUGUUGGACAUGGUCCGGCCCGACGGCCGCGGCCUGCAGCCGCACGCCGACCCGCGCGUUGUGGAGCGCGUGGGUUUCCACAUGGCCACACACGGCUACACGCCGGCGCAGGUGCAGCGCUUCCUGAUGCCCCACGGCGGCUGCGACUACGGCCGCCUGGACGCCGCCACCUACAGCGCCAUACGUGGCGUGCUGGUGGCGGCGGGCUACAGGCAGGCCGACCUCAAGACACACCUGGCGGCGGCCGGCCAGGUCGCCGCCGCCGCCACGCCCGCCGCCACCCUGGCCGCCAUGGCCUACGCCCUCGCCGCCGCCGGCACCACCGCGGAUCAGAUCCGGCAGCUCAUGCGGCCCGCCGCCACGCCCGCCGUGGCCGCCGCCGCCGCGGCGGCGGAGAAGGCGGAGAAGGCCGGCGGCGUCAAGGCCGCGGAUGCGGCGGCGGCGGCCGCCGCCGCCGGGCGCGCUGCGGUUGCGGCGGUUGUGACUCCGGAGGUUGGCGAGGUGAUUCGCAACGCGUUGCUUGCGGCGGGCUACAGCAGCUCGCAGCUGUCGCGUGUGAUGCGGCACGACGGCACGGGCCUGCGUGCGGACGUGGGGCCGCUGCGGCUGGCGCAGGUGGUGGCGGCGCUGGCGUCAGUGGACCUGCCGCCGCAGACCAUUCGCAUGUUCAUUCGCCCUCUGGGUGGCGUGGCUCCCUCCCUGGCCGCUAACAUCAAGACGACUCUGGAGCGGGCACCGGGGCUGGGCGGCGGCAAGGUGGCGGCGGCGUUCGACGGCAACGAGCUCAAAGACGACGUCGACCCUCACACGCUUGCCGACAUCGCGACCGCGCUGGCCUCCGCCGGCUUCCCGGGCGAGGUCAUCCGCCGCCUCAUCGGCCACCCCUCCUCCUUCUCCUUCGCGCCGCCCGCGCCGCCCGACACCCGCACCUCCGCCGCCAACAGCCUUUCAGCCCAGCAGGAGGUGCAGCCGCCGGGCACCCCCACCGCCGCCGCGGCGGGCGCCGGCGGCUCGCCGCCCCGCAUGCGGCCUUCCGCCGCCGGCGUCAACCCGGCAGUGGCCGCCGCCGCCUCCGCCGCCGCCGCCGCCACGCGGCGCGACAUGGCCGGCGGCGGCGGCGGUCUGGCGGGCGGGCCCAGCAGCAAUCACGUGGUCGGGGCGCCGCCGCCACUGCACCCGGCCAAGCAGGCGGCCAUGCGGGAAGCACUGGCCAGCGUCCGCUCCGAGGCCAGUGGCCUGGGUGGCGGUGCCGCGGCCGCCAGCUCGCUCUUCAGCGGCGCCUCCUCGGCCUCUCUGGCCCUGACAGCCUCCGCGCAGCCCUCCAGCCUGGGCGUGGGCGGCGGCGGCGGCGCGGGAGGCGGCGUGGGGCCCGAGGCCAGCGCCGCCUCCGACGGCCUGAUGGACCCAGUCAGGGUGGCUCAGCUGCUGGCUGAGGCGUCGUACUCGCCGGAGGAUAUCCGGGCCUUCCUGGGGACGGAGUUCAAGCAGCUACAACCCCAGCAGCAACCCCAGCUACAACCCCAGCCCCAGCAGCAGCAGCAACAGCAGGGGUCGCAGCCAGCAGGCACCCGCGGCGCUGCCGGCACCGGUGUGGCCGCCAGCGGCGGCAGCGCCACCUCCGCCGCCGGCUCCUUCGCCGGCAUCAGCUUCAGCGGCGGCAUUCCCGGCGUGCCGGUUGUGCCGGGUGCCGCUGGCGCACCUGCGUCGGGUGCGGCAGCGCCCGUGCUUCCUCGUGGCAGCGGCAGCGGCAUGCUGGCGCCGCUGCCGGGCGGCGUGUCGCUGGGACCUCUGGCGCCGCUGAGGCAGAGCGACCCCGGGGUGCCGCGGGCGGUACGGGGCGACCGCAUCGCCUCCCGCCUGGCGGCCGUGGCCACCUCCACCUCCGCCUCGCUGGACGCCGGCGCCUCCGCCGCAGCCUACGAGGCAGCCAGUGGCGGCGGCGGCGGCGGGCUGCUUGGCGGCGGCGGCGGCGGCGGGCUGCUUGGCGGCGCCGCGCUGGGCCGCCUGCGUGGCGAUGUGCCGGACGCGGGCGGCGGCCGCGGCACACGCAGUGAGCAGUCCAGCCCCAUGCGACAGCACCCGGCGCUUUCCGCCGCAGCCGCACCCGCAGCUGCAGCCGGCGGACCGCGCACCUCCCUCAACGGCCUCGGCGGCGGCGCAGCCGCCUCCCGCGCCUCCGCCGCCGCCGCCGUCGCCGCCGCCGCCUCCUACUCCAACGCCGGCGUCGCCACCAGCCCAGCCCGCUUCCUACCUACGGACGCCGCCGCCGGCGCCUCCGCCCCCGCCGCCGCCGGCAACAGCCCUGCGCUUGCGGGCUGGCCGGACUUUGAGUUCCGGGGCUGGGCUCCGGCGGCGCCGCUGGCGGUGGCGGGCUGUGACGCCGUGCUGGGCUGGGCAAGCGGGUUGCGGCCGGCGGCGGGGCGGCCGGACGGGCUGCCGAAUGGGCUGGAGGCGCAGUUUGCUGCCUACCUGCACCGGCUGCUGUGGCACCUGGCGGGCGGCGACGCACUCAAAGCCGCCGCCACCGCCGCCGCCGCCGCCGUGGGUGCCGACCCUGUCGCCGCCGCCGCCGCCACCGCCGCCACCGCCGACGCCGCCACCGCGCCGCCGCCGCUGGUACGGCUGCUGGCCGCCCACCUCAGCCGCCUCCUGCGGCGGGCGCGCAGCACCGUGGUCCCGGCCGCCGCCGCCGCCAACGGCGCCACGGCUUCGCUGCCGCCUCCCGCCGUUGCGGCCUGGGCUGACGCCAGCGCCGGCGGCGGCGGCGGCGUGCUGGCGGCGGCGGGCGUGGUGAGCACGUGCCUGUCGGCUCUGUUGCACCGGCCCGCGGGCGCCGCCGCGGGUGCCGGCGGCGGCCUGGCAGCCGAGGACGUGGCUCCCAGCCUGCUUCGCUUCCUGGUGGUGGCGGCGGCGCGGCAGGGGCGGCUCAGCGAGGUCGGCGAAGGGCUGGGCGAGGUGGCGCCGCCGCUGCCCGCGCAGCAGACCUACUACAACCGCAGCAGCGUCAGCGGCACAGUCAUGGGCCUCGGUGGCGGCGCUGGCGGCGGCGCUGGCGGCGGCGGGGGUGCUGGUGGCGGCGCUGGAGGCGAGGGUGUGGGUACUGGUCUGGUUCAGCUGGUGGCGGAGCUAAGCACCAGCACCAGCAGCCCGGGGCAGCAGCAGGUGGGGCCGGCGCCGGCGUCGACGCGGCAGCGGCAGGCGCAGGGCGGCUCCAGUCCGAGCGAGCAGCUGCGGGCGCUGCCUGUGGGGUACGCACGUGCUUGGGGCGAGGCACCCCUGACACGCCGGCUGGGGCCACUGGUCUCGCCUGGAGGAGGAGGCGGCGGCACCGGCGGCGGCACCGGCGGCGGCGGCUUUGGCGGCGGUGGCGGCAGUGGCCCUUCCACACCGUACGGCGCCGCUGCCGCCGCCAUGAUGGCUGGCGGCGGGCGGUACGGCAGUGGCGGCGGCGGUAACGGUGGCGGCGGCGGCGGCAGUGGCACCGCCAGCCCGACCAGCCUGGUGUACCGGUCGCUGCCGCAGCGCCAGAACCCCACCUUUGCGGCGGCCAAGGCGGGCAGUCCGCGGGAGACGCUGCCGCCCUGGCCGCUGCAGAGGGCCUUCAUGCAUGACGAGGCAGGAGCCGGCGGCGGCGGCUCGCCGGCGGGCAGCGGCGGCGGCGCGGGGCCGGGGCCGGGGCCGGGCACGCCCUCCGCGCCCUCGUCUCCUGCUGGCCUCAAGCACGGCGUGGGCGCCAACGGCGCAGGCGGACUGGUGCUGCCGCCGGCGCUGCGGCCAGGCUCCCGCGCCAACUCCCGCCCCGCCUCGCCCUCGCGCCCCUCCGGCGGCGAGGACGGCGGCGCAGCAGACAGGCUGCCCGUGCUGACACGUGCCGGCAGCCUGGGGCGCCUGGUCUCCGCCGCCGCUGACGAGUCGCCGGCAGCACUGCUGCCGGCACUGCCCAUCACCAGUCCCUCGGGCGCCGCCGCAGCCGUCAUGCAGCAACACGGCCACCACCACGGACACCACCACCACCACCACCACCUCAGCCACCACCCGGGCUCGCCGUCGGGUCGGCCGCUGUCGGGCGGUGCCCACGGCGGCUCGGCCCUGCGGACCAGCUCCAGCCUACUGGACAACCUGGUGCCACAGCAGCAACAGCAGCAGCAGCAGCAGCAGCCGACGGUGGGUGGUGGUGCUGGGGCUGAUGGCGGCGGCGGCGGAGGCGGUGGUGCGGCGGCGGCGGAGGCGGCCGUGUGUCGGCUGCUGGCGGAGCUGCUGAGGUGGCUGGAGGCGCCGGUGGGCGUGUCUGACCGCGGCUUCCAGCAGUCGCAGUGGUCGGGUUGGCUGGCCGCGGAGAAGGUGCGGAUGAGCGCGCAGCUGGCCCGGUUGGGGGCAGGAGGUGGCGGCGGCGGCGCCACUGCUGGUGCUAGUGUGGGUGCGCCGCCGCGGCGCUCAUCGGCGCCGCUGGCACGCACCUCGGAGGCGGGAGGACCCGGCAAGGCGGGGCCGGCGGGCGAAGACGAGGCUGCCGGUGCGGGUUCGGGUUCGGGCUUCAUGAUCACGCAGCUAGAUGAGUUUUGAUGAUGGCGGUACAUGGUAGGGCAGAAGUGCGCUUGGCAAAAUAGGUGCUGCAAGGAUUGUGACGACGCAUGUGUGUGUCUGUGUGUGUAUGUGUGUGUGUGUGUGUGUGUGUGUGUGUGUGUGUAUGUGUGUGUGUGUGUGUGCAUGCGUGUGUAUGUGUGUGGUGUAUGGUUUGGGACUUGGGGCUGACGGGUAAGAGCUCAACUGCCCAAGACCGACUACGCGUGUGGUGGUGGAGUUCGUUGAUCCAUGGAGCCACCGUGUAGGCUAUGCGGGCGGUUGGCGGUAGGCCACCCGACAGUGCGUAUGCAGAGCAGGCCCUACCUGGGGUGGGUGUCUCGCACAAAGUGUGGCAAACUCGUAGACUCGGACGCUCGUCUGUUCAGGGUUUAGCUGCCGGCCUUGUUGGCCCCAAUGCAAGCAUCAAAUGAUGGCGUGGCGACGCGGAGCAACUUGAAGAGCUGUCCAGAGCAGGGUGUAUUGUGUCCGAGCCAAUGACACAAAUGCAUUAUGGCAGCUGAGGUUUUCAAGGUGCGCUGUGGGGCUGGGCACUCAGGGAUUGCGGCUUUACAGGGGAGUAGGGGAUCGACGUGCAGACGUGCUUGGAAAAACGCAACACAAGCGGGAUACCGGUACGUGACAAGGCUUGCCGGAGAAAGUGGGAAAC